AUGAAUGCGUCAAGCAGAAAAGUACUGGCAGCCAGCUGUAAACAGGCAUGCAGAAGCUUGAAGAUUGGCAGCAGGGGAAUUUACUGUGGGGUGGCAAGGCAGGCGAAUGUUACCUUGGAUAAUAUCAAUGAAAACGUUAUCAAGCUAGAAUAUGCAGUCCGAGGCCCACUCGUCAUUCGGGCUGGGGAAAUUGAGCGCGAACUGAAGGUGAAUAAUGGAAGCUCUCGGCCGUUUGCGUCGGUCACUCGUGCCAACAUUGGCGACUGCCAUGCAAUGGGUCAGAAACCGCUGACCUUUCUACGUCAGGUGCUCGCCUGUGCCACUGAUAAUGACCUGCUGAAUGGACCGUAUCCGGGCGACGUGAAGGCGCGUGCAAAGGAGCUGCUGGAGUACUGCGGCGGUCAGUCGGUGGGCUCCUACUCCGAUUCGGCUGGUGUGGAGAUCAUUCGCAAGCACUCUGCCGACUACAUCACCGCCCGAGACGGAGUGGACUCUGACUGGCAGAACAUCGUGCUCACCACCGGUGCCAGUGAGGGAAUCCGUGCCGUGCUCAGUCUGGUCAACACUACCUCCACCGAUGACAAGCCGUCCGGGGUGAUGAUUCCCAUUCCGCAGUAUCCACUGUAUUCAGCGACCAUCUCCGAGUACGGCAUGCAUCCGAUCAACUACUAUCUGGACGAAAGCAAUCAGUGGUCACUGAACACUGAUGAGCUUAAACGCUCAAUCGAUAAGGCUCGUGACAAGUGUGUCCCAAAAGUGCUGGUCAUCAUUAAUCCGGGCAACCCAACGGGCAGUGUGCUGACGCGACAAAACAUCGAAGACAUUAUCAAGUUUGCAAAAAAUGAAAAUUUGCUCAUUAUUGCCGAUGAGGUGUAUCAGCAUAAUAUUUGGGAUGGAGAGUUCUUCUCUUUUAAAAAAGUAAUGCAUGAUUUGAAAAUUGAGAUUGAGCUGGCAUCGGUUAUGUCAGCUUCAAAAGGUUACAUGGGCGAGUGUGGUCUGAGAGGCGGAUAUUGCGAGUUGGUCAACUUUGAUCCCGCAGUGAAGCAGAUGUUCCUUAAAAUGCUCUCAGCCAGGUUGUGCUCUUCGGUGCUCGGCCAGAUUGCCCUUGACUGCAUCGUCAAGCCGCCGCAAAAGGGCGAAGAGUCGUAUGAUCUCUACGAGAAAGAGAAGAGUGAGGUGCUCAGUGCGCUUAAGUACCGAGCUCAAUUGGUUGCCGACACCUUCAACUCUAUUCCGGGCAUAUCUUCAAACAAGGUUGCUGGUGCCAUGUACGCAUUUCCGAAAAUUGACAUUCCUCGAAAGGCGGUCAAGAAAGCCGCUGAAAUGAAACAAGCUCCUGACUUUUAUUACGCGAUGCAACUGCUGGAAAGUACCGGAAUCUGCAUCGUUCCCGGAUCAGGCUUUGGUCAACUUCCAGGAACGUAUCACUUCCGCACAACUAUUCUGCCUCAAAAUGAUAAGCUCGAACAGAUGAUGAAGGUGUUCAAGGACUUUCACACCAGAUUCGUCCAACAACACAGUUAA